GUCAGUAUUCCCCCGGCCUUUUGGACUAUCUGUUGGGGAGGCAUAUAGUAGGAUAUUCAUGCUCAUUGUAUCACAGAAAAGGGACUUCUUUAGGGCGCAUUAUGGUGACGACAUGCUGCAAACUCUGACCAGUCUGAGAAUAAAAAGUCGUUCUGAGGCCAAGGCACUCAAGGAUAUCACGAGGGAGCUUGAUGGAGCGUUUAUCCUGUUCUUGGAGGAUCUGGUGGAUAAGCAGUUUGCCAUGACGAUUGCGGAGUAUAAAAUGAAAGGGAUCGACGGAGGUAAUCCGGUUGCGCGCUGGUAGGGUGAGAAAUGAUGAUGCGUACAGGGUGUUGACUGGACUGCAUACCUGUAUGAAUGUUAGUCUAAUAGUAAUACCUGACGCGUGAUGGCAUCCGACAGCGACUGGUGUGAUGUGGGUAGAUAGUUGCUUUGAUUCGGGGCCCUCGAUCCAUGUAUGGGUAUUGUGGUCAUCGCAGCUUGCUUAGAUGGCAGAAUCAAGGACACUUCUCGUAAUGAGCGCACUGGUAUGCCGAAGAGUUCGAAAGGCAGGUGUUGACGAGAUAAAGAUGACCCGCGGGAGGGAGAAUGGGGCAUAACUCUGAUGCAGUUGCUGACAAAGAAACUCGCGCACAAUCAAAUUUAUGCGCACAAUUUUUCGUCGUGCGAUCAAGAGGUCCUUAUAGGCGAUCGGAAAAUCCCGG